UCCCCCUCUCUUCCAUAACUAUCCAUCUAUUCUACUCCACUAUGAUCGUGAUCUGAGCUUUUUGUUAUUUCAUUCUGAGUGUCCUCUUGCGUCAUAGUGGUUCUCUGAGGAUUUUUCAUUUCGAUUUCAGGCCAAUUUCCAUACGGUUCUGAAAUCCCCACUUCUGUUCCAUGUGUUCUUUUUCAAGGAGAUUUUCAGUUUUCUUUUUUGCUUUCUUCUCUACUUAAAGUUUGGAAAUUAUGUAGGACAAAACUUAUAUAUGUUUAUGAACGCCCGUUUCCUGAUAUUUUCUUCCAGUUGCAUAACAUUCCAAGAGCAGUUUGCGUUAUUGCUGGACUAGGACUCGGACAAAAGUUCCAAACUAUCAUUCUACAGUUUUUUGUUUUUGGCCAAAAAUAUUCUACAGUGUUUGAAACUUUCAUUUUUGGACAUUUGGUUAUUUAAUUACAAAUCUAGCCUCUAAAGACAACAAUUUCUUUGAAGGGGACCGUGAUAGCUUGCCUUUUGGAUUCGUAUUCAAUAUCCUAUUUGAGGGCAAUCAUAUACUGUAGAUCAUCUGAUAGAUUUCCAGGGCAGAUUCCUUGUCAGAGGGGAAAGAGUUGAACUUUAUCAGAAAGUUAAGGAAUCAUUCAGAAUGAGCCAGUCUAAAAUCAAGCGUCGUAUAGGUAAAUAUGAGGUGGGAACGACCAUUGGUGAGGGAACAUUUGCAAAAGUGAAAUUUGCUAGGAACUCUGAGACUGGGGAGGCUGUGGCUAUUAAAAUUCUGGAGAAAGAGAAGGUUCUCAAGCACAAGAUGGCUGAACAGAUCAGGCGGGAAAUAGCAACAAUGAAGUUAAUCAAGCAUCCAAAUGUUGUUCAAUUGUAUGAGGUAAUGGGAAGCAGGACAAAAAUAUAUAUAGUUUUGGAGUUUGUUACUGGAGGGGAGCUCUUUGACAAAAUUGUAAACAAUGGGCGAAUGAAUGAAAAAGAAGCACGUAGUUAUUUCCAGCAGCUUAUAAAUGCUGUUGAUUAUUGCCAUAGCAGGGGUGUCUACCAUAGAGACCUCAAGCCAGAGAAUUUGCUGCUAGAUGCUUCUGGCCAGCUUAAAGUUUCUGAUUUUGGUUUGAGUGCACUAUCACAAGAAGUCAAGGAUGAUGGACUGCUUCAUACUACAUGUGGAACUCCAAACUAUGUUGCUCCUGAGGUCCUUGAUGAUAGAGGCUAUGAUGGAGCAACUGCGGACUUGUGGUCUUGUGGAGUGAUUCUCUUUGUAUUACUUGCAGGUUACUUGCCUUUCGAUGACCCUAAUCUUAUGAACCUAUAUAAAAAAAUAUCUGCUGCCGAAUUUACUUGUCCCCCAUGGAUGUCCUUCAGUGCCAGGAAAUUGAUAACUCGAAUUUUGGAUCCUAACCCCAUGACACGUAUCACUAUAUCUGAGAUCUUGGAUGAUGAAUGGUUUAAGAAAGAUUACAAGCCUGCAGUUUUUGAGGAGACAGGGAAGACCAACCUUGAUGACAUUGAAGCUGUGUUUAGAGAUUCUGAAGAGCACCAUGUGAUGGAAAAGAAGGAAGAACAGCCAACAGCCAUUAAUGCAUUUGAAUUAAUUUCUAUGUCCAAAGGGCUAAACCUUGAGAACUUGUUUGAUAUAGAGCAGGCUUUGAAAAGAGAAACAAGGUUCACAUCAAGAUGCCCGGCGAAAGAGAUAGUUAACAAGAUUGAAGAAGCUGUAAAGCCUCUUGGUUUUGAUGUCCAGAAGAAAAACUACAAGAUGAGGCUCGAGAAUGUGAAAGCAGGAAGGAAGGGAAACCUUAAUAUUGCCACUGAGAUAUUUCAAGUGGCACCUUCUCUUCACAUGGUUGAGGUGAGGAAAGCAAAAGGUGAUACAUUGGAGUUUCACAAGUUCUACAAAAAUCUUUCAACAAGGCUUGAUGAUGUUGUUUGGAAAGCUGAGGACACUCAAGAAGCAAAGUAAAUCUUCAGUAUCGUUAUUAUCAAAAGCAAUUUCUUGAUGCCUCAUGUCCUACUAUUUACCAAUAUCUUCAGUCAAUUCUCAUCCUACGUCUUUCUACUCACAUGUUUGUUUGUUUGGACAUAGACCCGCGAAGUGCUUUCCUAGUAAUUUAUCGUAGGAAAGCAUGCAUAGUUUUAUGUAACUUUUUGCUCAUCAACAAUCAAAUUAUGUUUGCCAAACGAUAAAAGUGCUGCACUCCAAAAAUUUAUAUAUUUCUUCCA